AUUAGGCUUAUCAAAGACCCUACAUUUGAUCCUAAUGCCCGUCACCAAGGAGGAUGGACACCUCUGCAAGUGGCUGUCAUUCAAGAUAAUGAGCCAGCAGUUAGACUUUUGUUAGAAAAAGGAGCAGAUCCUAAUGAGGUAGACCAGUAUAUUCCUCGUACUAACCAAGAGGCCGCACUUCGUCAGACCGACUUCUCGCGCGAACUGAUGCCAUUCCGUGAUUACCGUGAUUAUACUGCUCUGCACUACGCUGUCAUUAUUGGCAAUCCGACUGUGGUACAGCUACUGUUGGCCAAUCUCGCGGAUCCUUUGAUCUCGAACUCUAGUGGGCUUACUCCACGUGAGUAUCUUUACCAUGUCCAGAGAUACACUGGCGAAGACAAUGAAGAGAUCGAAUACAUGCUCCGAGAAAAAGAGGCAAGCUACUCGGUCGACAAGGCUGCUUACGAAGACCAAAAGAAGAAGGAGCGGAUGCAAAAAGAAAAGGAGUAUCGAAAGAAACAUCCUUUGGAAGGAGCAUUAAAGAAUCGAAUCGUCGGCCAAUUGGGUCCAAUCCAUGCCUUGGCAAGUGCUAUCCGGCGCAAGCAGAAUGGCUGGCACGAUGAAGAGCAUCCUCUUGUAUUCUUGUUUUGUGGAUCGUCGGGAGUAGGAAAGACUGAAUUGGCCAAAGCUUUGGUGGAGUAUUUGCAUGGUGAUCAACUAGACAAAGGAUUUGUUCGUAUUGAUAUGAGCGAGUUCCAGCACAAGCAUGAUGUAUCCCGUUUUAUUGGUUCUCCUCCAGGAUAUGUGGGAUAUGAUGAAGGAGGACAACUGACAGAAAAGCUAAAAGAGUGUCCAAAUGCUGUUGUGUUAUUGGAUGAAGUAGAAAAGGCACACCCUGAUGUUCUGACUGUUAUGCUGCAACUAUUUGAUGAAGGCCGUAUCACAGACGGAAAGGGUACUACAGUAGAGUGCAAGGAUGCAAUCUUUAUCAUGACUUCAAACUUGGCUCAGCAUGAAAUUGCCGACGAAGCCGAGCUACUUCGAUUAGAAGCCUCUGUUACUCGCGAUGCCCAGUCCACCGGGACUGCCACAGCAACCGGAGUCGGAGCAACGACUGACGAAAGCAUUUCAUUGUCGCGCCAGUUCAUCGAAAAAGUCAUCUAUCCAAUUCUGUACGAUCACUUCCGAAGAGAUGAGUUUCUAGGUCGCAUCAAUGAAGUCCUCUUCUUUUUGCCGUUCAGUGAAGAUGAGCUCCGAGAGAUUACGGCAAAGGAGUUGAGACGCUGGGCUGAAAAGGCAAAGUCGCGUCAUGGGAUUGAAUUGAGCUGGGAUAAUGAUGUGGUGGAUGUGCUGGCACAGGGAUACAACAUUCGAUAUGGUGCACGCAGUAUCAAGUAUGAAGUAGAGCGUAAGGUGGUUAAUUUGAUCGCAAAGGCAAAUGAGAAUGAUGAGGUCAUGGAUGGUGGACGAGUGCAUUUUGUGGUUGAAAAAUCGCAGGAUGGCACUCACAAAUUUGUUAAGCUUGAAAUCCCCAAGAAGGGUGGAGAAGAAAAGAAGUCUGGGGGAGGAUGGUUUAGCAAGAAAUAG